AUGCAGCCACCUAUGGCCACCACGUCACUAAUAUCAUUAGAUGUCCUGGAGUUCAUCGAAAACGAUGUCUUCCGAGUCGACGACCGACCCAACCGUGAUCAGAACCUACGCAAGCUGAUCGGGGAGAAGAACAGCGCAGGAGAUACGCCCUGCCAUCUGGCGGUCGCCGCUGGCCAGUUCAUUACAGCUGGGUACCUGAUUAACCACGGUGCGCCACUAUCAGUGACGAACCACGCGGGCUGGACGCUGUUGCACGCGGCAGUACGCGCUGAGAAGCUAGUGAUCGCGCUGUGGCUGGUGCAGAAAGGCCUGGAUACAAACGCACAAACCGUCAAGGGCAGCACAGCCCUUGAUCUGGCAGCCAAAGACGAUUGCGAGGCCUUCACCGGCCUCCUUAUGACUAAGGAGUUCUUCGAGCCCAGUGAACCCCAGGGCGGCUACGACUGGGAGCAGAUAAAGGAAGACGAUGAAUACUUCGAGUAG